AGACAGACAGGCGGGAGGUGAGGUGAGGAGGAGCUCCUGCAGCUCACGACAGUCCGCGUAAAAAAAAGCGAGCGGCUGCUGGACGCGCUUGGAUGAAGCGGACAGUCCGCCUGUCUGCGCUCUGAACAGCGCGCCUCAACUCAUUCUGCUCUUUUUUUUUAUUUUAAUGUGAAGAAACAAAGCUGGACACCUGGACAAAGCAGUGUGCGUAGCGUUUUUUGUGGCUUUUAUUUCCCUGGAUAAAAAAAAAAAAAAGAAAACAGAAAAAAGUUAUUCUGAUAUAUUUGUCCAAACCGACGCUGAAGCGCAGAAUUUGGGAGUCGUCUUGUGGAGGUACUUCUUCUCCUUCUCCUCCGCAUCUAGUUCUUUUCACUGGAGCUGCAUCCUCUGACAUCUAGAUUUACCUGUGUGUGGAAGAUAUGAGGUUUGCGAGCUCCUUUAGGAUCAUUUGGUUUCUGCUGGUGAUCAGGGUGAUAGCYGGCAGUGGACAAACCUCAGACACUUCCCUCAGUCCUGGACGGAGGCURACGAGGGGACACAGUGAGCGGAGCCAGGAGCAGUACAGAUGCCUUAAGUGGUCGGAAAAGGAACCCAGAGAAAACAGAACCGGUGUAUUCUGCAGCCGCAUGUGGGACGGUUUAUUGUGCUGGAACGAGACACCAGCCGGGACAUCUGUUACACAAAACUGUCCAGAUCGCCCUGACCUGGAUGUUACUGAAGGAGUGACCAAAUAUUGUGAUGAAUCAGGAAACUGGAUACAAGCAGGCUCCACUUGUGAARCGACUUUAAAGGACACAUUUCAGGUAAUUCGCUUUUUAAGGGAUGCUGCGGAGGAGCCAGCCGCCGAGGACAUGCGGGUCAAAGCGGAAAAACUCCUUCUUGAGAARGAGAAAAAAUGCCUCGAGAAAAUCAAAAACGACCCACCUCGUGAUAAAGGCCUGCACUGUAGUCGUAACUGGGACGGCUGGCUCUGCUGGGACGAUACUCCAGCAGGAAACUAUGCUUCUCAGAACUGCCCAGAUUAUUUCGAUGACUUGGACCCAACAGAAAAGGCGACUAAGCAGUGUGGAGCUGAUGGAAAAUGGUUUCAUCAUCCAGAGAGCAACAAAAGUUGGACCAAUUACACCCUCUGUUCAACCAGCCGUCACAAGAAAGUUAAGAAGCUAAAAAUACGUGAAAAUGAACACAAAUGUCUUCAAAAAAUGAAAGAAGACCCACCAUUUKACAAAGCAGGUCUUUACUGCAGUCGAAACUGGGACGGUUGGUUGUGCUGGGARGACACGCCAGCAGGAACCUACGUCUCUCAAAUCUGCCCCGAUUAUUCUUCUGAUUUCAGACUUUCAGAAAAUGCAACAAAGUACUGCGGAGAAGACGGGCAGUGGUUCCGCCACCCAGAGAGCAACAUGACGUGGACCAACUAUACUCUGUGUGUGGGCAACGGCAAGGAMCGGCUGCUGGCAGCUGCUCAGUUUUCCAGGGAGGCUGAGGUGGAACCCACCACCGCCAGUCCAGUGGAUCAUCAACAAAAUCAGGAAAUCGUGCGGAAAAAAAUCCUGGACAGCCAGUACAAAUGUUUUGAGAAAAUGAAUCGGGAUCCACCUUACAACAAAUCAGGCCCGUACUGCAGCCGAAACUGGGAUGGUUGGUUGUGCUGGGAGGACACUCCAUCUGGAACGUUCACAUCGCAAAACUGCCCCAACUAUUUUGAUGACUUUGACCCCACAGAGAGGGCAACUAAAUAUUGUGGAGAGGACGGGCAGUGGUUUCGCCACCCAGACACCAACAGGACCUGGUCCAACUACACACUCUGCAAUGAAAACACCAAGGCCAAGCUGAGGUCAGCCUACAUCCUGUUUUACAUGACAAUAGUGGGUCACGCUUUAUCCAUCGCCUCCCUGCUCAUCUCUCUGGCCAUCUUCUUCUACUUCAGGAGUCUGAGCUGUCAGAGAAUAACUCUACACAAGAACCUCUUCUGCUCUUACGUGCUCAACUCUGCUCUCACCAUCAUCUAUCUGGUCACCGUGGUCAACAACCCCAAAGUGGUGGCCAGAAACCCAGUUGGCUGUAAGGUCUUGCACUUCUUCCACAUGUACAUGUUGGGUUGCAACUAUUUCUGGAUGCUCUGCGAGGGCAUCUACCUCCACACGCUCAUUGUGGUGGCUGUGUUUGCAGAGGAGCAGCAUCUGCACUGGUACUACCUCCUGGGCUGGGGCUUUCCUCUGGUGCCUGUYUCCAUCCACGCCGUGGCGAGGAAAAAGUACUUUGAUGACAACUGUUGGAUGAGUGUGGAGACCCAUCUGCUCUACGCGGUUCACGGGCCCAUCGUGGCGGCGCUUCUUGUGAAUCUCUUCUUCCUGCUGAAUAUUAUUCGAGUGUUGGUCACCAAGCUGAGAGACACGCACCGAGCCGAGUCCAACAUGUACAUGAAGGCAGUGAGAGCCACGCUCAUCCUGGUGCCCCUGCUGGGAAUACAGUUUGUCAUUUUCCCCUGGAGGCCAGAGAACCGGGUGGCGGGCGAGGUCUAUGAGUACGUCAUGCACAUACUCAUGCACUACCAGGGUUUACUGGUAGCAACGAUAUUCUGCUUUUUCAACGGAGAGGUGCAGGCGGCUCUGAAGAGACAGUGGAUGCAGUGCAAAACCCAGUGGGGCCAGAGACGAAAGGACCACUGUUCGAUGCGCUCCACCUCCUACACGGCCACCUCCAUCACCGAGGUGCCCGCCUUCAUGUACCACCACGACGGCCCCACGGAGCACUUGAACGGACGCCACGCGGACGACUCCGAGCUGGUGGCGCUGAAAUCGGGCGACYCGUACGCUUAAGUCGUGGCGAGGACGAAGGAGCCACAGACACAGGAAGGGACAACAGUGAUGUACAGUAAAAAAAAAAAUUAUCCAGUCAGCCUGACGCGCCUCAAUGAAUCAAUCUGCUGCUGGUUUGUUCAGCGCAGGACGAAAAUACGGGUCUGGAAACAAAGAAGCUCAUCAGGAUGGAUUCAAAACACGGCAGACAAACUUUACAUCUUCUUACAUUACUGCUGCUGCUUUUUGAGAACUUUGAUGUCGAAGACUUUGGUUUGAUUUUGAUGAGCGUCAACGUCCCAAAAGCUGCUAAUCUGUGUGUGGACGCUGCGCGGAGGACCAGGACUACCUCUAACUGGGGUUCUUACUGUUCCCGAUGAUGGUGCUGAAUGUGGCAGUAAUGACGGUAGCAGUUUGGACUCAACACAAUGUUGCGGUUAUCACCCAAAACGGUGUAACAAUGAAGAUAUUUUAGUAUGUUCAUUAUGAACCGGAUCGUUACGACCUCACCUAUACCAAAGGGUACCGCUUGUCAGUCACUACCCUGAAGGUGCGUUAGCAUGACGCUAAAGCUCACACCAGAACAAAAUCCACAAACUGAUGGAGGCGUGGUAGAGGGUCAAAUAUCCCCCCGCCCGCUGUGCUUAAAGCUCUGGAAUUGUGUACAUAUAAAGUACGUUGAACAAGUGUUUAAAUGUUUUUAAAACAAGAUUUUAUUCUUUUUGGUUUGGUUAAUUCCUCACUAUGUGCUAAAUGUGCGUUCCUGUGAUGCUGCAUCCCCAGCCUUUGUUGUUGCUGUGUUUUAUUUUAAACUUUUAUUACAUAUUUGCACAUGGAAGACAGAUUAAUAAAAGAAUCAGRGAUUCAGAUCAAGAUUAUCUGAUGUCUACAGUUCAUCCUUCAUUAAAGUGAUCCUCUGUUCUCUUAGCAUAUGAACUCAUGUCAAUAUGUGAGCAUCCAGGGAUAUAGAUUUAACGAAAAACAGAAUUAAAUAAGAUCAUGUUUUUAUUGUCAGAGAACAAACUCAUGUCUUAUCUUUCRCACAUUGUUGCACAAACAUCAAAUAUAAAUGUAUUUUUGUCACAUUCUUAGUGCUCUGUUACCGUUAUGUUUGUUUCAUGUUUUUUUAAAAUGAAAAUUUUAAGUAAAAACUUAUAGAUUUGCUGAAAUCGUGUCUUGCAUUCACAUUUCAAGGUACUUCGAAUGCCAAAAAUGGACUAAAACGGCACGUUGAUAAUAGGUGGUGAUUCUCUUUGCUGCACACAACUGAGAAUGAAGUCAGCUCAGCCUGUCUGUGCUUGCCUGCCCAGCCUCACUCCUCAGCCUGUAUCUGAGAAAACUCACCAGGGAUGCUGGAAGUUCCACCUUCAGACCUUAAAUCCUGGAAUCCUGGUUCUCUCCUCUCAAGACCUCAACAAAACACAAACAGUGAGGAAAACAAUCAGAUAGUUUAUCAUCUGAAAACAAAUAAUUCCCACUGACUACUCACAUGGAUUACUCUGACCAUUGUCUGUUCCAUCCUGCAGAUGAUCAUUUACCUGACCUUUCUUUCCCCUUCAAAAUAAAAGCACUUAUAUUUUA